GGGAGCGGCGCGGGGGCGGGGGCAGGGGCGGGUCACGUGACGGGGUUUAAAUCUCCCGCAGCGGAGCCGCGGGGGCGCCAGUGCCGCGCGUCGAGCGGAGCAGAGGAGGCGAGGGCGGAGGGCCAGAGAGGCAGUUGGAAGAUGGCGGACGAGGCGGCGCUCGCCCUUCAGGCCGGCGGCUCCCCUUCCGCGGUCGCCGCCGUCCCCUCCGCCGCCGCCGCCGCCAUGGAGGCCGCGUCGCAGCCCGCGGACGAGCCGCUCCGCAAGAGGCCCCGGCGUGACGGGCCUGGCCUCGGGCGCAGCCCGGACGAGCCGAGCGCCGCCGGGGCCGCGGCGGUGGUGGUGGCGGGGUGUGAGGCGGCGAGCGCCGCGGCCCCGGCGGCGCUGUGGCGGGAGGCGGCAGGGGCGGUGGCGAGCGCGGAGCGGGAGCGGGAGGCCCCGGCGACCGCGGCGGCCGCGGACGGAGACAAUGGGUCCGGCCCGCGGCGGGAGCCGAGGGAGGCUGACGACUUCGACGACGACGACGAGGGCGAGGAGGAGGACGAGGCGGCGGCGGAGGAGGCGGAGGCGGCGAUCGGCUACCGAGACCACCUGCUGUUGACUGAUGAACUCCUCACUAAUGGCUUUCAUUCCUGUGAAAGUGAUGACGAUGACAGAACGUCACACGCAAGCUCUAGUGACUGGACUCCGCGGCCGCGGAUAGGUCCAUAUACUUUUGUUCAGCAACAUCUCAUGAUUGGCACCGAUCCUCGAACAAUUCUUAAAGAUUUACUACCAGAAACAAUUCCUCCGCCUGAGUUGGAUGAUAUGACGCUGUGGCAGAUUGUUAUUAAUAUCCUUUCAGAACCACCAAAGCGGAAAAAAAGAAAAGAUAUUAAUACAAUUGAAGAUGCUGUGAAGUUACUGCAGGAGUGUAAGAAGAUAAUAGUUCUGACUGGAGCUGGGGUUUCUGUUUCCUGUGGGAUACCUGACUUCAGAUCAAGAGAUGGUAUUUAUGCUCGCCUUGCAGUGGACUUCCCAGAUCUCCCAGAUCCUCAAGCCAUGUUUGAUAUUGAGUAUUUUAGAAAAGACCCAAGACCAUUCUUCAAGUUUGCAAAGGAAAUAUAUCCCGGACAGUUCCAGCCGUCUCUGUGUCACAAGUUCAUAGCUUUGUCAGAUAAGGAAGGAAAACUACUUCGAAACUAUACUCAAAAUAUAGAUACCCUGGAGCAGGUCGCAGGAAUCCAAAGGAUCAUUCAGUGUCAUGGUUCCUUUGCAACAGCAUCUUGCCUGAUUUGUAAAUACAAAGUUGAUUGUGAAGCUGUUCGUGGAGACAUUUUUAAUCAGGUAGUUCCUCGGUGCCCUAGGUGCCCGGCUGAUGAGCCACUUGCCAUCAUGAAGCCAGAGAUUGUCUUCUUUGGUGAAAACUUACCAGAACAGUUCCAUAGAGCCAUGAAGUAUGACAAAGAUGAAGUUGACCUCCUCAUUGUUAUUGGGUCUUCUUUGAAAGUGAGACCAGUAGCACUGAUUCCAAGUUCUAUACCCCAUGAAGUGCCUCAAAUAUUAAUUAAUAGGGAACCUUUGCCUCAUCUACAUUUUGAUGUAGAGCUUCUUGGAGACUGCGAUGUCAUAAUUAAUGAGUUGUGUCAUAGGUUAGGUGGUGAAUAUGCCAAACUUUGUUGUAACCCUGUAAAGCUUUCAGAAAUUACUGAAAAACCUCCACGACCACAAAAGGAAUUGGUUCAUUUAUCAGAGUUGCCACCAACACCUCUUCAUAUUUCGGAAGACUCAAGUUCACCUGAAAGAACUGUACCACAAGACUCUUCUGUGAUUGCUACACCUGUAGACCAAGCAACAAAGAACAAAGUUGAUGAUUUAGAAGUAUCUGAAUCAAAAUGUGUGGAAGAAAAAUCACAAGAAGUACAGACUAGUGGGAAUGUUGAGAGCAUUAAAGUGGAAAAUCCAGAUAUCAAGGCUGUUGGUUCCAGUACUGGAGACAAAAAUGAAAGAACUUCAGUUGCAGAAACAGUGAGAAAAUGUUGGCCUAAUAGACUUGCAAAGGAGCAGAUCAGUAAGCGGCUUGACGGUAAUCAGUACCUAUUUGUCCCACCAAAUCGUUACAUAUUCCAUGGCGCUGAGGUGUACUCAGACUCUGAAGAUGACGUCUUAUCCUCUAGUUCCUGUGGCAGUAAUAGUGACAGUGGCACAUGCCAGAGUCCAAGUUUAGAAGAACCCCUGGAAGAUGAAAGUGAAAUCGAAGAGUUCUACAAUGGCUUGGAAGAUGAUACUGAUAGGCCCGAAUGUGCUGGAGGCUCUGGAUUUGGAGCAGAUGGAGGGGAUCAAGAGGUAGUUAAUGAAGCUAUAGCCACAAGACCGGACUUAACAGAUGUAAACUAUCCAUCAGACAAAUCAUAACGCUAUUGAAGCUGUCUAGGUACAGGAAUUGCUCCACCAGCAUUGGGAACUUUAGCAUGUCAAAUGAAUGUUUACUUGUGAACUUGAACAAGGAAAUCAGAAAGAUGUAUUAUUUAUAGACUGGAAAAUAGAUUGUCUUCUUGGAUAAUUUCUAAAGUUCCAUCAUUUCUGUCUGUACUUGUACAUUCAACAUUGUUGGUUGACUUCUUCAAGGUUCAUUUGUAUGAUACAUUCGUAUGUAUAUAUAAUUUCAUUUUUUGCCUAAUAAGUUUCAACAUUUUAAAGUUUUCAAAAGCCAUUGGAAUGUUAAUGUAAAGGGAACAGCUUAUCUAGACCAAAGAAUGGUAUUUCACACUUUCUUUUGUUUGUAACAUUGAAUAGUUUGAAACCCUCAAUUUCUGUUCUGCUGAACUUUUAUUUUUAGCACAGUUAACUUUUUAAACACUGGCAUUUUCCAACACUUGUGGCAGCUAACUUUUUAAAAUCACAGAUGACUUGUAAUGAGAGGAGGAAGUCAGCAGUGCGUGGAGCACUCAAAGCUCGGUGCUUAGAGUGUGAGGCAUACUUGCUGCAUGGCUUUGGUACUUGCUGCAGACGUGGUAAUGUCCAAACAGGCCCCGAGACUAAUCUGAUAAAUGAUUUGGAAAUGUUUCAGUUGUUCUAGAAACAAUAGUGCCUGUCUAUAUAGGUCCCCUUAGUCUGAAUAUUUGCCAUUGUUUAAAUUAAAUACCUAUCACUGUGGUAGAUAGAGCCUGCAUAGACCUUCACCACAAAUACUGCCAAGAUGUGAAUAUGCAGAUCCUUUCCAAAUCUAAUAAUGGUACUUCUACUGGGGAGAGUGUAAUAUUUUGGACUGCUGUUUUUCCAUUAAUGAGGAAAGCAAUAGGCCUCUUAAUUAAAGUUCCAAAGUCAUAAGAUAAAUUGUAGCUCAACCAGAAAGUACAUUGUUGCCUGUUGAGGAUUUGGUGUAAUGCAUCCCAAGGUGUUAGCCUUGUAUUAUGGAGAUAAAUACAAAUCCAAUAGUCAAUGAAACUAUUAUUUAUUUAAAAGCUUAGCUUGCCUUAAAACUAGGGAUCAAUUUUCUGAACUGCAGAAACUUUUAGCCUUUCAAACAGUUCACACCUCAGAAAGUCAGUAUUUAUUUUACAGACUUCUUUGGAACAUUGCCCCCAAAUUUAAAUAUUCAUGUUUGUUUAGUAUUUAUUACAAAAAAAUGAUUUGAAAUAUAGCUGUUCUUUAUGCAUAGAAUACCCAGCUAGGACCAUUACUGCCAGAGGAGAAAAGUAUUAAGUAGCUCAUUUCCCUACCUAAAAGAUAACUGAAUUUAUUUGGCUACACUAAAGAAUGCAGUAUAUUUAGUUUUCCAUUUGCAUGAUGUGUUUGUGCUAUAGACAAUAUUUUAAAUUGAAAAAUUUGUUUUAAAUUAUUUUUACAGUGAAGACUGUUUUCAGCUCUUUUUAUAUUGUACAUAGACUUUUAUGUAAUCUGGCAUAUGUUUUGUAGACCGUUUAAUGACUGGAUUAUCUUCCUCCAACUUUUGAAAUACAAAGACAGUGUUUUAUACUUGUA